AUGCCACUUUCAGGAAUUCACAUUCUGAAUGCUCUGCUCAUUCAAGCAAUUGCAGCAGAUCCGACCUCAAAUUCAGCAUCAACGACAUCGUCCAUCAUAAAGAAUGAACGCAAUAAAAAAGCAGUUAACACUGUAAGUGAAUCACCAAUUAUUUAUGUACGCCAUCUCACUGAACCGGGAUCUGGAAUGAAAAUUACUCGUCCGAAAUGGAACAAAGGAAAGAAGAAUGACAAUAAAAAGAAUCUGAUGUCAAAUCAUGAAUUGCUGAACUCCUUAGGAAUUGCUAAAUUACAAUCACCAUUCAACCAUCAUCGAAAGCGAUUAGCAACACAAUCCCGUCAUGUUGGAAGACCAGACGACUCUCGAGUUUUCAUUGUGAAACUUCCACCUAAUCCUUACUAUUAUUCGCAUUCAGACAGCGGCGGUUUCAAAGCUACUGCCAAUGACCCCAACUCCAUUGAAGAUAAAAGACAUAAGAUACCGAUAGGUUUUAAAUCAAAUGGAAAACCUGCAGCAGUUUAUCAUUGGAAUUUACCAGUUCUUUCGAAAAUCAUCAGUGGGAAUAAUGGACGAAGUAAUAGCAAACGAUAUAAGGAGAAGAAGGCAAAUUUACGUCGUAGUGAGUUCGAUGUUACAGAUUUGAUUGACAUUAAACAUAUCCCAACAUGGUCUGAUAAAUCAUCAUCGUCAUUAUGGCAUGAGAAUGACACGAUAGACAAAAGUUCUGCGAUUUCUUACAAUCAAAUUCAUCAUGAAGACAUCGAUGAUGAUCAUCACUCAAAGUUCUUAAAGAAAAAAUCAACACCAAACUUUUACGCACCAACAAAGAAACAAAAGAUGAAACAUAAAUAUUUUCCAAGUAAUGGAAAGCCGAAGAGCUUUUAUGUUAUGAAGAACAAUAAUAAGGAGAAAUCAUUCCAUAACUUAAUUGAUUAAUUUAUUUGAAGAGUCUGAUUAAAUGGGGACAAUUCCUUUGUCAAGUCACUGUAAUGAAGAUGAAUAGAAUUAAGAAUAAAAUGAACUUGCCUAAUUUAUUAAAAGAAUAGUGACUGACUGACUUAUCAUCAAAAAUUCCCCUCAAACUUCUUUCUGUUCUUCUUUUUUAUUAUAAAAUAUUUUCGAUGAACUGUUAUUUGUAUUUAGUAGAAGAAAUUAUGGAAUGACAACAACAAGUCAACAAAAUAAAUGGCGCAAAUAAAAAUUUAGUGCCACCAUGAACUUGCUCGCUUUUGGUGAUUAAAAACUGGUUUAAUCUCAUAAUAAUGUCGAAGAAAUCAUUUUUGCAAUCUUUCUCUGUUUGACUUGAUUUGACAUUUCGUCUUUUUCAAUGGAAUCAUUAAUCAUCAUUUUAUCUCGCUGCUUUCUGUUCCACGCAAUGCAUCUGCUUAGAGAGAAUGUCGAUCAUAGAAUGUAGGAGAUAAAUGAAAGAAAUUAAUGCUGAUCAUUAGUUUAAGCAUGUAGUUUGUUAAGAAGAAAUAAAACAUUUAAAUUAAGAAAACAAUUUAACUUUCUGAUUCUUCUUUUUUUUGUACUUUCUAAAGUCUCAAAAUUUUCUGUAUCAAUACAAA